AUGGGUAUCACGAUCCGAAGGGCCACCAUCAACGAUGUGCAGGCGAUGCAAAAUGCAAACUUGCAGAAUCUCCCGGAAAACUACCAAUUGAAAUACUACAUGUACCACAUCUUGUCGUGGCCGCAAGCCAGUUUCGUCGCCACGACAUACGACGAAUCGGAAGUGGCGAAAGCUGUUUCCGCUAAACGGGAGCUCAUUGUAGACCCAAAGGGGGAUACAGCAUACAUCGGGAAAGGAGAGAAAAUCGUGGGUUACGUGUUGGGCAAAAUGGAGGACGAUCCAGACGCAGAGGACAAGACGCCGCACGGACACAUUACUUCCUUGGCAGUCAUGAGGACUUACAGAAGAAUGGGUUUGGCCGAAAAAUUGAUGAAACAAUCUUUGUACGCCAUGUGCGAGAGCUUUAAGGCCGAGUACGUUUCCCUUCACGUGAGAAAGUCCAACAGAGCGGCUUUGCAUUUAUACAGAGACUCUUUGAAGUUUGAGAAUACUUCCAUCGAAAAGUCAUACUACCAGGACGGCGAGGACGCUUACGCCAUGAGAAAGGACAUGAUACUAGAGGAGAUGCUUCCUUACCACGGUCACACUGAGGUUGAUGACUUCAGUCAAGAUUUGAUUUAG